AUGGCGGAGGGAAGAGCCACCGGUCCUUUCUCGCCAUUUGUGAACUUGGGUCUCGAUCUAACUAGAGAAGAAGUCGUGGACGCCAUUUUCGAAGCCGCAAGAAACAACCCUUCGGGAAAUCCUCUUACGUUGACUAUCGGUGGCUCUCAGUUGCUGGUCCUGUGCAGUCGCAAAUACCAAUUAGAAUUGUGCUACAAGUUGGGUCGCGAUGUGCAUCAUAUACCAGGACGCAUGACCAGGGAACAGUGGCUAUCCACAGAUCCAGCGUACAUUGAUGCGCUCCUUAUUCAGUCACGCGGCCUACCACUAGUCGAAUCCUGCACCGACUGGCUCCGGAACUUGGGGCCAUUCCCACGGUGUGUUCGUCUCCCCGGUCACUAUGGCGGCAUUUGUGGAAACUGCCGGUAUGACAAACGCGAUAAGGAGUGCACUUUGCGAUGGCAUGGUGGAGGCAACCGCACCACUUGCGCAUGGGAAUCAGUGAUAGCCACCCAACCCUUGUCCGACUCCGAACCCUCCUCAUCCUCCUUCGGGCUUCUUUCCUCGCCACGAACCGAAUACUCCUUGGGCAGCUCUCAGUCGAGCGCCAUUGUGAUCGAGGGUUCUCCACGGUACAGUCAAUUUGGCUCCUCUCCGCCAUCUUCACAACAUCUUCGCCACAGAGGAAAUACUCCAAAAUCCUCCUCUAUCCGCCCUCCUACUGUUUCGCCUCAGCCUUCGUACGCGAUUGCUGUGGAAAUACCGCUACCAAGUUCGAUAGAAGAACCGGCAGGAAGUUCAACUUUUAAUCCGAUAUUAAUCACCGAAUCGGAUUCUGGGGACAAGGCCGACUCUGGAGAUGAGGACACGGAUGAUGAUAUGGACAUGGAUAUUGAUGAAGACUACAUCAUUUAUUUGCCGGAUAGCAAGGAGGAUGACCCGGAUUAUAUUGAAAGUUCCGACUCGUCCGAGGAAGAAGGAUGCGAAGAAAUCCCCCACCCCGAACAAACAAUCGACGAAGACUCAGAUGAGACAUGGUGA